CCGACGGAUUAGCCAGUUGUCUUGUCCGCAUUCAAUUUCAAAGCCGUCCAACUUUGUCUUAAUUGGUUCGAACUCUCUAGAAAUCCCAAAUUAAGCACACAGGUUUCCCACAUUUUUCAAUCACGUCCUUUUCAACGUUUAUACUUUCACCCUGACUCCCACCUAUAUAUAUACCUCCUGUUUUCAAAGAAUCUUCCCCAAAAUUGCAACCAAACCGAACUUUCUCUCUCUAAAAAAAUAUCAAAACGAAAACCGAUCGUUUCUCUCUUUAUAUAAUUAUACCAAUCACCGAUACCGAUAAUAAUAUUUUAUUCGUUCGGCGGUUACAUUUCGCGUUUUUCUGUAAAUGCAUCUGUAUUUGUGUGCUCGUAUGCAGAGUUCCAUUGUACUGCGGAGCGACGCGGAGGGUGAUUGAAGGAAGCGGUUUUGCUGAUCGGCGGCUGCAGUCGGUGAUCCUGAUUUUUGCUGAUCGAAAGUUCGUUAAAUUACUGAAUAUAUUCGGAUCAUUUACGUUUCUUGUUUAAAUUUUCCGUGUUUGAUCGUGUAAUCUUUUGGUGGUUCUUGGGAGCUACUGUUGUUGUUCGUUUACCGGUGAAUUGUUUGUUGUGGAUAAUUUUUUUUUUUAGAGUUUUGAAGGUACGAUUUCGAGAUAAUUUGCCGUGGUCGUUACUGGAUUGUGUUGAUUGCUCUAAUGUAGCGUGCUUGUGAUGUUACUUCACCUCUUUUGGGUUGAAUUGUUUACUGAUUAAGCAGGGGAUGGUAUCAGGAUGGAUGUCCUAGCUUCGGUUGUUGUUGCUGUUAAAUGGCUUUUGUUGUCCUUGGUGUUGUGAUUUUCUCUUUAUCUUUUAAUUUUGAAUGUGUGUGAACUGAGAUGUGUUUGGAAAUCGGUGAAAGAGUUUUGUGGGAGGUUGGGACGAUUAUGUUAGAUCUGUUUACAAAAGUUCAUCACGUAUCGAUUUCUUUAUCUGAUACUUUCUCUGUGAAUAUGAAAAGGUUCUAUGUUUUACAGACGUGUUAACUGAUUUGUUUCAUGAAUGGUUAUGUUGCAUUGAUUCUUUUCACUUGGUAUGCUAUCUGCAAUUUUGAAUAUACAUCCUUUCAAGAUUUGUUGAUCAAUCCUCCAAGGUGAAAUGAUAGAAUUUCCAUUGUGCGUGCUUGGUUUGGAUGUUUAAAGUUCUAGCUUGAGUUUUAGCCUUUGCCGCGCAAAAUUUAUAGUUUUGGCUGAAAUGAUUUUUUAGGGUUUAGUUGUGGAGGAAUUGCGUAAGAAAAUUUCUUUUUUCGACCUUGAGUAUGACCUGGCAUGAGCCGAUUGUUUGUUGACUUGUAUCUUGUGUCUGUCUCGAUAAAUUUGGUUGGGUUGUAUUUUACAGUUGUUGACUCCUUAUGAGUGUCCUACGUGACUAGGAGAAUGGGAUAGCUUUUCAAUCUUACCUUUGCGUGAUAUCUAGCAUUUCGUCUCUCAGAUGUUGCUUUUGGGGCAAUAUGUUGUCGUCUUAUAAAUUAUUGUUGUGGAAACAGUCUUUCUUGGUAAUCACGAGGUUUUUUUUUACUGUGCUUUUCUAAAUUUGUUGCAAGUGCGUUUUGUUAUGUGGUUGUUGGACCUUUACGUCAUCAGGAUUGAAGUGUAAAUUGAUUUAAAUAGUUUGGCUUUAAUCUUACUUUUGUCGAAUUUUGCUAAUUUUUCCCCCACUGUUGUUGUCAUGAUUUCUGUGCCAUAUUUUGUUGUGUGUUAUUCCCUCGGCAACCGUUCUGGGUUCAGCAUUUUUAUUUCUUUUUUUGUACGUGUUUCAAAUACUUCUAAGGAAUUGAUGAUGUGUUGGUGCUUCGGAAGUUUAGUUUAUCAAGUAUCUAUAAAGACUUGGUGAACUUGUUUGGGUCUUCUAUUCAAGAUGCAUUGCCACUCCCGCUGAGGAAAAUAAAGAACAUCCAAAGCAGGAUGAAGUGUUUGGCUGCCUUUGCCAAAAUGUUUUCCCCAGCGUUUUUUCUUCUUUUUUUUUUUUUUCUAUAACCCUCUUUAGUUCUGGUUUGUCUCUUACUAAUUAUAAGAAUGCCUAAAUGGAGAAGGGGCAGCAGUACACGGAAGCCGUAGAUAUAAUAAUAUUUUCAUAAUUAUAGACAGUAGGUUUAGUGUCUGUUGUACAUAGAAUUGUGAUAUUGCCACUAGGAUGUUUCCCCAAUCCCGAGUUUCAGCUGGUUCAUUUGAAUCGUAUCCUGGAUAUUUUCUCGUAGCGUAAUCUGAACUUUAAGGACAGAAUCUUGGGUCAGUCGCUUUUCCUUCCCGUAGUUUUUAAAUGUGAUAUAAAUGAGAUCGUCGUCAACGAUGGGUUUUAUUCACCUCUGAAUACGGUGACCUUUUCUUUGGAAACCAUUAUGGAUUUUGUUUGGAAAGUAUUGACCUGUCUUUCUAGCUAUCCUCAUUUUUUGUGGCCGAUACUAAACUUAAGAGAGAAGUCGGAGUCCAAAUAAGAAAGUUGUUUUGAUUAAAUCUAGUAGGAGAAUAGUGGUCUCUGGAUUUUUUAAACAGAGUCACCUUGAUAGUCCUACCUCUUGAUUUCGAGUAUCUACAAGCUGGCAGCUGCGAGGCAGAAACCAUGGAAAUAUUUCUCAAAGUUAUAGUUUUCCACUUGAAUGAAGAAGAUAAGAGUUUCAUCUCUUGAUUUUAGAAGUAUUGUAAUUUCUUGUUAUUCAAGAGGAGAUGGUGCAGAAUGGCGGACUGAGGUGGUGUGUCGUUUAGGUGGAUUUGGACUUCUUCGGGUUUGAAGUGAUCAUGCACUGGUUAUCAUCCCCUGCUGGAAGAUCUGAAGUCCACAUAUCUGCCUGCUUGAUAAUAUAAUUAUUUUGGGUUCUUGUAGAUCUUCUUGUUUUGCUGAAUGGAGCUCAUGGAUGGUUCUUGGAAUUAGUUAUUGCUGAUUUCGCUUGGUCUGCCGCAAUGUGCAAGAAAAGCUACAUUGUCUUGGGCGGUUUGCCUGUAGGAUGGAAACUUUCAUGCCUUUGUAGGGUUUAGAAUUUUUCCUAAACUUGCUCCUGAAUGCAGGUGAUUUGAGCUUACUGCAAGCUGCUAGGCAGUUACUUGCAUAAUUGGGCUCCAAUGGGAGAGGCUAUUCUUGAUCAAUCUAGGGAUUCGGUUGAGCCAAAAGGUUCAAUGACAGGAAGUUGCGGAAACAAGAUUGAGACAUGUGAUUUGCAUUUACAACAAUCCGAUGGUGCUGUUGAAGAAACUUGCAAAAUUAGCGGUACUGACACCCUGGAUAAAGGCUAUAUGGAGUAUGGGUGCUCUCACUACCGUCGAAGGUGCCGCAUUAGAGCCCCUUGCUGCAAUGAAGUAUUUGAUUGUCGUCAUUGUCAUAAUGAAGCAAAGAACAAUCUCAAGGUUGAUCAAAAGCUGAGGCAUGACAUACCCCGUCAUCAAGUUAAGAUGAUUAUAUGCUCGCUAUGCGGAACUGAACAAGAGGUUCAGCAAAUUUGUGCUAAUUGUGGAGUAUGCAUGGGAAGAUAUUUUUGUGGAAUUUGCAAAUUGCUUGACGAUGAUACAUCAAAAGGGCAGUAUCAUUGUAUUGGUUGUGGCAUUUGCAGAAUUGGUGGACGGGAGAAUUUCUUUCACUGUUCCAAGUGCAGAUGUUGCUACGCGAAUGUACUGAGGAAUAGCCAUCCAUGUAUUGAAGGUGCAAUGCAUCAUGACUGCCCUGUUUGCUUUGAGUAUCUCUUUGAGUCACGAAAUGAUGUGAUAGUUAUGCCUUGUGGGCAUACCAUUCACAGGAAUUGCUUGGAGGAAAUGCAGGAACACUCCCAGUUUGCUUGCCCUUUAUGUUCAAAGUCAGUCUGUGAUAUGUCAAAAGUAUGGGAGAAAUUUGACAUGGAGAUUGCAGCAACCCCCAUGCCAGAGUCGUUUCAGAAUAUGAUGGUAAUCUUGGAUUCUGCCGCCUUACCUCUACUCUUUACUGCACUCCUCUUUAAGCACCUAAGUUACAGGAAUUUUGUAUCUUAAUAAGAAACUCGUUCUUUAAAUUCCAGACAUAUGCACCACAUGUCUGUAUCAUGCCCCGUGCAUAGCUGUGAUCUAGUGAUAAUUUCUGUCACAGGUUUGGAUUCUGUGCAAUGAUUGUGGAACGACUGCAGAGGUACCAUUUCACAUUGUGGCUCAUAAAUGCCCCAACUGCAAGUCUUACAACACCCGACGAACCAGGGGAUAGGCGGAUAAGUGCAUAACAGAGUACUUGACAGUUCGUCAGAGUCUUGGCAUGCUACUCCUCGAGUUGUGCACCCAUUGGUGCAGCACAUCAAAUUCCUUGUAGUAGAUUUGUUCCCGCAAUUCAUCGGGGAUGUUCUUCGAUUAUUGUGACCAUUUCUCGGAUGUUAAUUGCCCUUUUAGGCUCCUCAUAUUCAAAAGCAGACCUGCCAAACUUCAGAGGCAGACGCCAAUGGGCUUUAUGUUCAUUUUCCAGUUCGAUUUUUUGGUCUGAUAUGAAAUGGGAUCAAUAGACACAAAUAAGAAAUCUAUCGUCUACAGAUAAGAAAGCACCAAGAGUCAGUGUUAUCAAGCUCGGACCGGAGCUCGACUCGGCAUGGUGAGAGGGUCGGGGCGGGGUCGGGGCGAAUCGGCGGUCGACUCGGAUGACGUUAUAAUGACGUAAUAAAUAAUAAAUAAUAAAUAAUGAUAUUUUAAUUAAAAUUAUAUAUAUUUAUCAUUUAUGAAAGUCAAAUUAGUACUUUUUUGGACAAAGUUGAACUUGGAAGGUGGAUUAAGAUGAUGUAAUUAUUACUAAAUAAACAAUAUUUAGUUAUUUAAUACAUUUAAAAUAAAAAAAUAAACUUUAUA